AAGACCCUUUAAAAGGGCAGCGGGCGCAGGCUGUCAAAGCGGGUGACUGACAGACAGACGGACAGCAAAGCAACGGAUUGCGUUGUUAUUAACCAUGUCUCUGUACCGUAACUCGGCGUGGUUCCUCAAAGGAUUCAUCGAAUUUACCAAGGGAGCAUUUGAGUCUGCAUCGAAACACUUUACAGAAAAAGAUGUAGAAGUGUCUGUGGCAGGCCGAUCUUUCUUGAUCACUGGAGCUAACAGUGGCAUUGGCAAAGCAGUUGCCAUGGCCAUUGCUAAGAAAGGUGGUACAAUCCACAUGGUGUGCAGAAACAAGGACAAGGCUGAGGAAACCAGAGCUGAGAUUAUCAAGGAGUCUGGAAACAAAGAAGUCUAUGUGCACAUCCUGGACCUAUCUGAGACCAGGAAGGUAUGGGAGUUUGCAGAGGCAUUCAAAAAAAGAUACAAAACCCUUAAUGUCCUGAUCAAUAAUGCAGGUUGUAUGAUGACUAAGAGAGAAGUGAAUGCAGAGGGCUUUGAAAAGAGUUUUGCCAGUAACUCGCUUGCCCUGUACAUUCUCAUCAAGAGCCUAAUUCCCAUGUUGGAAAAGAGCCCUGACCCCAGAGUGAUCACAGUGACAUCUGGGGGGAUGUUGGUGCAGAAACUGCGCACAGGAAAUUUGCAGUCACAGAGAGGCAGAUAUGAUGGCACCAUGGUAUACGCCCAAAACAAGAGGCAGCAAGUGGUGAUGACAGAACAGUUUGCUAAAGCUCACACCAGCAUUCACUUCUCAGUAAUGCACCCUGGUUGGGUGGACACACCAAUGAUUGCAAAUGCCAUGCCUGACUUCUACCGCUCAAUGAAGGAGCGUUUGCGAACACCAGAACAGGGGGCUGACACUGUUGUGUGGCUCGCAGUGUCUGAGGCUGCUGUCACAAAUCCCAGUGGAAGAUUCUUCCAAGAUCGGAGAAUGGUAUCAGCCCAUCUGCCACUGGCCUGGACACAUAGUUCCCAACUGGAAGAUGAGAAGUUCAUGAGUGUCAUGGAAGAGAUUGCAAAAGGUUUCCAACCUCACUGAACAUUCAAACAGAAACAGGUUAUUAGAAUCUGAUCUCACAAAGAGCACUUCAACACACAUUUUGGCCAAAUACACACAAAACACAGAGAACAGUUUCUCUGAAAUACAGUACAUACAGUGCCAUUUAAAUAACAUGCACACACCUUAUGCAGAUUAGAUAAGAAAACAGAAACAGAACUAAGAAAUUUAAUACAUCUACAAUUUACUAGAUUAACACAGGGAUGUCUUUUAGCUAACCAAUAUAUUUAUUAUAAAUGUUGGGUUUCCACCAGGACUUACUCAUUGUAAAUAUGAAGUCAUUAAUUUCAGAGUGCAAAACAGAUGGCAAACAUAUAGAAUGUUUCCAGUAAAUAUGACAUACAUCCAUUUGCAUUCACAUUAAAACCUUUUGUCCCUGUUGUACAGAAUCUGUUGCCUGCAUUUUAUGCCAUCUCAUUGGUCUAACCAUGGGUUUCCAGUUAUGCACAGUGACUAGCUGAUCUGGUCGACCAGGUGGGAACCUGCUCAGACCAAAAUCACUGUCUCUCAUUCUUUACCCAGUUACCCAGUGACUUGGUCUCAGGUGCAUUCUGUCUGAAAAGGUGCAGGAUUUGGAUCGACAGGAUGUUUCAACAAUGAUGCCUAAUAUGCAAAUUUAGAAAUGUAAUUUUUACUGUUUAACUACAUGUAAUCAGCAAGUAAUUUUGAACUAAAUACAGUAGGUGUUCAUUGUAACUGAGCCUGUAAACUGUUCUGUUAUAUGGACCAUGUUUAUCCAUAAUUAAUAAAUGCCUACAUGAGUAAA